AUGCCAGCAAUCACAUCUGUUUUGCCAUCGAUUUCAAUGCCGGACAAUAAUUCAGGAUGGAAUUUAAAAACUGUAUCAAAGAGACCCAAAUCUCGUAAAGUGCGUUUAAAAAGGAUAAUGGAUGUUAAAGCCACCAAUAAAAGAGUUAUAAAACUGAUUCAGCUAGCAGAUGAAGGUAGGAAGAGAAGUAAUGUUUUACCACCAUUAGAUACAGAGUCUAGUUUUUACAGAACACCACGGAAAGGUGGUUCACUGCACAACCUUAACGACGAGUUAGCUGAUGGGGCUUUACAAAGAAAAUAUAAGAAAAUUAGUAUCGAUUUAGACAGAAAAAUCGUUAACCAUCUAAGACGUAAAUUAAGUAGAAGAAUAGAACAGAGAUAUAAUGAAAGUGAUGAAGAAAAUCAAGAUGCAGAAUAUUUUUUAAAACAAGCCCAAUUAAAAUCACAGAAAACUGGAAAGUCCAGUGAAAAGAGAAACAUUUUCAGUAAAUACUCAGAUAUAGGCGAGAUCAUAACUGACAAUUCCAAGUCACAAGGUCGUCGAAGCUCUUCUAUACCAAAGUCAGAAAAGUUGGAAAUAGAACAUGUGCCUAAUGGAGAAAUCGAACAAGUUCCAAAACAGCGGGAAGAGAAAAAUGAGGUGGUACCUCCAAAUGCCUCAGAACCAGAAGUUAAAACAGAACAGCUUCAGGAUAACACCGAUCCAACGCAAGAAGAUGCGGACGAACAGAUUGGAAAGGAUGGUGCACCAACAGUACUUCAUAGUGCUCAAAAGAAGAAAAGUGUCUGUGUGACUGAGGUUCCUGUUGAACAGAUGUCAGCUACAGAAACGGGUGAAUCUGUCGACGAGGACGAGGAGGUCUUCAAACUUACACAACGAAAGAAUACAGAAGUUCCCAUCGAAAAGAAAGUAGAUUUCCGCUUACUUGACAUUAGUCCUGUAACCACACCAGUAGUUUACCGACCAGAGACUCGAGAGAACACAACUCUAUCUAGUGGUACUAUGAUGAACAGAGUUUUACAGGGUUACAAUUAUAGGCGAUGUCAUCCAGAAUCUAAGAUGAUUCAAAUCUAUGUUUGUUCAGAGUUUGUGGGGACGGAAGUUGAAAGAACACAUUUGAUGGAGAAGGUAUAUCCUAAAAUAAGACGAUAUUGUCUGGAGAAAGGCUAUGAUUUUAGAGCUAUUGAUCUACAUUGGUCGUUACAAGAUGAUGUCAUAGAUGAUCAUAGAUUACCCAAACUUUGUCAACAAGUUAUAGGGGAUUGUCAAUCUGAUUCAACAGCAAUAGAUUUUCUGAUAUUAUGUGGUGAAAAAUAUGGAACAUACGUUCUUCCACCAGAAAUUCCGAAAGAUGAAUUCGAAGAAAUUUAUAACACAGCCAAAGCCUUUUAUGACGAGGAAAUGCAAUUCAUUAGGGACAAAUUGAUAGCCAUUGACUCUAAUCAAGAUGUAAAUCUAGACGCCAAAACUGAAGCAUCAAGUGAGAAUACAAAUUCCGAAACAGCAGCUACCGACGAUAAACCAAAGAUUCGAGGACGGAAGAGUGUUAUUAGAAAAGAGACCAUCAGAGAUUUGAAAGCUAGAGAAGAAGCAUUGCCCGACGUGAAAGCAUUAGAACAAUGGUAUAUUUUAGAUGAGAAUAGUGUUCCCCCUGUUUAUCGUCUACAAAACAUAAGCUCAUUUUAUAAAGAAAUACUCAAUAAAGAUACAGCAAAACGGACCCAAGCUAGACAAAACUACGGCUCUGUUAUGAAGAAAUUAUUAAAGAUAUUACAAGAAUAUGCUCCUAAAGUUCUCGAUGACCCUGAAGAUAGACGGAAAUAUUUUAUCUCUUUGUUCGAGAUGGAGUUAGAACAUGGCUUAGAAACAGACAACUCAUCACCCCACUGUCUUCUGAUACAAAGAACCAUCAGAAAUGUUAAAAAUAAUCUCGAUGACGUCACGUCCGCUAAAUAUUUGGAUGUCACUCAUCCUAGAAGUCAACAAAUGGACAAGUCGAGAGAAGAAAGGAUAGAACAUCUACGAGAAACUGUCUUGCCAAUGAAGGUUCCCGAAUCAUAUCGAACAGAGUUCAAGAUUGAAUGGUAUGGCGGAGGAAUCAACCCACAAACUAAACGAGAACAUUCAGCAUAUGUUGACAGAAUGUGCAAAGCGGUUUUGGAUACGCUAAAAAGAGAUAUUGGUACAGCAUUAGAUGACGAAGGAUCGAUGUCCAAUGAACAGGUUAAGUUAUAUGAAGAAGUUUCUCAACAUGUCGCUCAAUGUCAUCAUAGAUCCAGAAACUUUCACGGUAGGAAGGAGUUGUUGCAGACAAUAAAAGCAUACAUGAGAUCUCCUACCAAACUUCCCCUGGUUGUUCAUGGCAAAUCAGGAACGGGAAAAUCAGCAUUACUGGCCAAAGCUACCAAAGAGAUUUACAAGUGGUUUAAAGGAACGGAUAUAAGAGUGAUAUACAGGCAAAUAGCUACGACCAUGGCCUCUACCAAUAUCCGUACCUUAUUAAGAAGUAUAUGUCUACAGAUGUGUGAGAUUUUUGAUGAUAAUUCUUGUGACAUUCCUUCGGAUUUUAAAGGUAUCGUGAAUGAUUUUGGAUAUCGAAUGCAACAGGCGACUAAACAGAAGCCACUAGUUAUUGUUUUAGAUGCUCUGGAUAUGCUCUCGGAUGCCCAUGAUGGAAGAAAGCUAAUUUGGUUACCCAAAGAUGUUCCGGAUCACGUCCAUAUCAUAGUUUCUACUCUUCCGGAUGAUAAAUACCUCUGUUAUCCAAUAUUAAAGAAACAGUACGAAGGAAGCGAAAAUUGCUUACUGGGAAUUUCAGAUAUGCCUGAAAAUGAUGCCAUAACUAUCUUACAUCACUGGUUGAAUUCCCAUAAUCGGGCUUUAACAGACGAACAGUACGAAGUACUCCUAAAUGCUUUUGAAAAGUGUCCAACCCCUCUGUACCUCAAAUGUGCUUUUAACGAGUCUCUCUCGUGGACAUCGUACACAAAUCCUGAAAUGGUCAAGUUGAGUGAAACGGUUAAAAAGAUAGCCACCAUAAAAUUUGGAAGACUGGAGCGAGAUCAUGGCGAAGCGCUGGUGAAACGAGCUUUAGGAUAUAUCACUGCGUCCAGAAGUGGUAUCACUGAUCUUGAAAUGGAGGAUUUACUGUCAAUGGAUGAUGUAGUAAUGGAUGAGGUUUAUGCUUUUCAUAAACCUUGUAGUAGGCGCCUCCCACAAUUCAAAUGGGAAAGUCUAAAAGUGGACCUUGAUGACUACUUGUUGAAACGUUCCGCUGACAACACCACUACUCUAUGUUGGGCGCAUGUAGAUUUCUGUGAAGCUGCCCAAGAACGGUACUUAAAUCAAAGGGAUAAGGCGCCAUCAUACCACAAAGCGCUCGCUGAGUAUUUCAGAGGAAUAUGGGUGGAUAAGCCGAAACCAUAUGCAGGAAAUGACAAAGGUGCUGAUAGAUUGCUGUCGCCACAACCACUAUAUUUUGAACCAGAGAAUCCUAACCCAAGCGGAAGUGAUCGAGUUUACAAUUUAAGGAAGCUAAACGAACUACCAUACCACCUCCUCAGUUCACAACAAAACAGUCUUCUAAAAUCUGAAACAUUAUGUAACUUCGAAUGGAUUUUAGCUAAAUUAUGUGGUACCUCGCUUACAGCAUUACUUGAAGAAUAUCAGUUUGCUCACAGUGUUGAUGAAAAGGACUUCGACUUCAAAGCUUUAUCUGAUGCCCUCCAUUUAUCAAGCAAUGCCUUAUUAUGCGAACCAAAACAACUUGCAUCUCAACUUAUUGGUCGACUUCAUGGUAUUUUGUCAAAAGACGUUCCAGCUACUGCUGGCGAUCCUAGAAAAUAUCCAUUUCUUCACAAUCUUGUAGCUCAAGCCGAAAAUUCUUCACUCCCUGCUCUUAUUCCGUCCCAUGGAUGCCUCACUGAACCCGGGGGAAUCCUUUUUGAUCUACUCUCAGGGCACACUGAACCAAUUACGGCAGUUACGCUUACAAAUGACGGAUUCAAAGCUGUUACAUCUUCAAAGGAUGGUACUAUGAAAUUAUGGGAUUUGAGAUCAGGAAAGGUGGUGAAAACGAUAGAAAAUGUUGGUCAUCAUGUAUCAAGAAUUCGACUGGCCAUGAAUAACACAUACGCCAUUACCUCCGAAGAUAACGUCAUCAAAAUUUGGUCCAUAACCACUGGAGCCAACAUCCAUACCAUUUCUGAAUACGUUGAUCCAGCAGUUACCAUCACUGCAUCCGAUAGUUGUACACUGGUGGCAUGCUUCUAUGGUUCGAACAUGAUUAGAACCUGGGAUCUCGGUACCCUAACCUUCACCGGAGAGGAACGUAUACCAGGAAGUUGUAUCCAUAAAGAUAGAUCUAUUUUAGCCGCCGAUAAUUCACCGACAGAUAAAGUUCUUGUAGCUUUUAGAAGUGCCAACACAGCUUUAGUUAUUGGUGCCAGAUCUAAAAAGGUGCUACAAAAGUUAGUUUGCAACGAGGAGUCUUCUUCUAUAGUCGCCUUAGCUAUUACGUCAGAAUAUUUUGUUGUGGGUUGCCGACAGCAAUAUAUGAAACUCCACGAAAUUUAUCAAUUGGAACUAUUUGACGCAAAGAAGGGUUAUUAUAUAAGAAGUGUGAGAGGAUGUACUCACGAUCAACUGUCAGAAUUGCACCUGAAUCUACAUGGAUCUCACGCCAUUGCUGUUUGCACUUCGGAGAGAAAUAACACAUCCGAUAUAGCUCUGUGGAAUUUAGAAACUGAAGAUCAUAAACAUCUUGCCACACAUGCACGACUUUCUACUAUUGGGGCUUGUUGCGAUUUCCGGUUUUGCUUAACUGCAGCUAAAGACGACAACACUUUAAGAAUCUGGAAUUUAAGUAAGCAAGUAAAUCAACACGCUCCAAAAUUAAAGAAGGCAUUAGGUGUUGGUCAGAUUUUCCCUAUGAAGGAGUACCCUCGUUAUGUUGUUGCCAAAGCUGUAAACCAUGGACCAAUAAGUGUUUGGAACGUAGCCAAAGCCAAGUGCCUGCAGACGGCUGUUAGAAUUGAAAGAGGAAUGACCGAAACAUCCGACGUGGUUAUUGCUCUUAAUAGCCAACUUGUCAUUUUAACUGAUAGAGGAUUUUCAAAUGCAACCGACGAUUCCAAACCAGUUUUUCAAACAGUGCUAAUCUACAACUUGAAAACCAAACGUUAUGAAAGAAAGUUAACAAGUUGUUAUAUUGUACCCGCACCAUCUCAUGAGUAUGUAUUACUUGAUGAAAAUCAUCUGAUGGGACCAUCUGAUAACAGAACCCAUUUCGUUGUGUGGAGUUUACAAACUGGACAAGUCACUUACCGAAUCAGAACUGACUUCAAAGAAAAAGUUGCCAAAACCAAGAUGGCUAAAGGAUUAGCUCUGUUGGGAAUCGGUGGAAAUAAGAAGAAACGUGCUUCAGAUUUAUCCAUGACACCGUGGGAUCUUCGUGCUGAAUCGGAUGCUGAUCGAGAAAGGCGACACCAGAAGGAAAAGGAGCAAGAAAGAAAUCGUUUAGCUGAGUUGAAGAAAGAGAAGGAAAAUUCCAUGGAACAGUUUAUAGUCAGUGGUAAUCAGAAGAAAAUAGUCGCUUCAUUUUUCGCUCAUCAUCUGUGUGUGUUCGAUAUUCCUUCCCAGACACAUACUCAGGUCAUCGAAAAUGAACACUCGAUGAUGUUCCUGCACGUAGCAGCAUUGACAUACGAUGGAGAUCACCUUGUUCAUGCAAAUUAUGACGAAGAAAGUAAAAUCAGUUACGUUACAUUAUGGGAUUUAACGACAGGUGAAGUAAAACGUAGACUCAAAAAUGAAAGUGACGUUUGUUCUAUUGGAAUAACAGACAAUGCCAACAGAGUUGUAAUAGGAAAAUCACCCAAUGAACUUCAUAUUUGGGACCCCAUGUCUCCAAAUUCACUCAAAAAGAUCAAGGGAUAUUCUGGUCUAAAGUUUUCUAUGGGAAGCAAGAUAUUUAUCACUGAAGAGGGUCGGCGUGCUAUUGUUCUAGCGGGUGACAUAUCUGUAUGGGAUAUAGAAAACGUAUCGGUUAUGGCAGUCUUCACACCAGACACCAAGAUAAUGUGUUGUGAACUGGCUUACCACGAUAGUCUGAUAACGUUUGGCUUGUAUGAACGUUCAGAGGUGAUUAUAUUAAAACUUAUGUGUAAAGGACAACCUGUAAACAAAGUUGAAGAUUCUAAGGAUGAAGAUUUGGGUGCGAAUGUGUUUGGUGAGAAGAUUGAGUCCUCUGAUGAAGAAGACGAUGAGGAUGAAGGAUGAAAGACCAAUCUAACUGAUCUAACUUGUCCAAAUCACGACCAGCUUAUCGCUAAUAAUGAGUCUUCAACUUCGGCUUCUUUGGACUGAAUUGAGAAGGUUAAAUGUUCUCAUUGCACCUUCUCCCGUCUUGUGCUGAUUUUCGACAAGACUACAUACAUUUCUAUGAAGUAGGAGUCCACGAAAUGACUACAAUAGUGAACCUGUCUCUGAAUGAAGGCUUAGAUUAUUUCUGGUGUUCCAAUAGAAGUCAAACGUUCUUGAUGCGAAAUGUUUUUUCUGAGAUUUUUAUUAGUGUACAACGAGUGCUUAGAAUUGUCCAAAUUAAUUUUUGUUGAAUUUUUAUAGUUUAUUUUGAUAGGUGUGACUUAUAAACGAAGGAAACUGUUGUUUCGGACAUGUUACCACGCAGCAUUAUAAUGUAUCAUAUAGUUUGAUUUUUGACUCUAAUAUAUAACCAAUGCUUUAAUUCAGAAAAAAAAUUCUUUGAUUUAUUACUCAAUUCAAGAAAGCGUGACUUCCUGAUGCAAGUAUUUCUGAUCCAAAAUUUCCAUUCCAAACUGCCCACAUCAGCCAUCAGCUGACGACUAGAUUUACAAAAUCUAUAUAUAAACAUUCUAACUUUACUUUAACACGAAGCUUUUUUUGCAAUAUCCUCGAUGUUCAACGUAAAGAACAAGCGUUUUUUUUUAUGUGUAUGUUCAAUCGAACAUGUACCUUAUUUAUCUCAAAUUCCAUGUCCUUUUGUAAUCAGUGUAUUAAGUGACAUCUGCUACUUUUUUUUUUUGAUGUAUACUUUUGUCUACCAAACACAAAACGCGAACUUUUUUGGUCGAUAUAUAUGUCGUAACAUGUAGCCAAUUAGCCAACAAAAAAUUUUAGUACAAUUAAGUGACAAAUUUUUAGCUUCUAUAUAUUAUGUGUCAUGGAAGGUUAUUUGUGUAUUUUCACAUGUUUAAAUGGCAAGAGCUUCGAAGUUUUUACCUGUUUCGGUUUGGUUUUUGAAUAACCAUCAAAUACAAAGCUCUGUAUUUGGAGAAUCUUUUAAUUUCAAUGGAUUUAACUAAAAAAAAAUUUUUUUUUGCUUAUAGUUAAGACUAUGAUAUAUACAUUUAUGAUUUGACCAGGAAAGAAAUUUUCAAUUAAUCGAAUUAUACUUCUAAAUAUAAGUAAUUGUUAAUAAUUUUAAGUGUUUCCAGUUUGGAGAAUAUUUGUUAAAUCGAUCUAUUAAAUUACUUUAAGCUAGCUGUGAUAUUUUAAGAUGUUAAAUAUUGUAAAAUCUAUUUGAAUUAUAACUUAGUUAUUUUAUGGUGUUAAAUUCUAUUUUUGUAAUAUUGUUUUGUUUAUAAAAAUAUAUUUGAAAAUAU